AUGAAUCUCUUUGUGGUUUUUGCGUGCCUGCUGGCAGGCUGCCUGGCCCAGAAGCCUCACCCAUGCAGUAAGUAUAUAUUUACAUAGAAGAUAACAGAGGAGCAUGAUUUGAAUUUUUGUCUUUUGUACUUGCAUGUUUUCUAAUCGAACAAACAUCUGACUAAGCAAUGGUUUCUGUCGCAGUGAUCAGGUGCAUUUAACGCUAUUUUUCUUUGGUAAACGCUGAGUUGUAAUUUAAAGCAUCUUCUUCCAAAUCCCAGAGAGUCCUCCUCUGCUGACCGGGGCAGUCACCACUGUAAGAGUUUAUUGUUUUCAAUUUUUUUCUAAUGCCCAAUAAUAAUAUGUUAGAAAAAAAAGAGAUUUGACCUAAGCCCGUUCCUGUAGACCUCGCAGAAUGAAAAACUCUUCAUCAUGGGCAAAUACCUGUAUGAUGCGCUAGGAGAGAGGAUUCGGCUCCAAGAACUUGUCACCUUGGACAACCAGACUGCCAGCCUUGAUAUUCUUCUGCACUAUAAACAGGUGAAAGCAUCAAUCACAUGACCAUAAUUAUGAUUAAUUAAGAAUGAUGAGGGUAGUCCUCGGCCUUGGUGGCAUCAAAGCUGGACACAUGGCCCAGUUUUUGUUCUUGUGAUAACCCCGAAAACACCCCAAACUAAACCCACAAUUUAAACCCAACAGCGAGUCAUUUACGAGAUCAAUGACAAUGACCGUACCUGCAAGAAAAUCCCUCUAAAGGCAGAAUUCAUGCCCUUCGGGGUCCCAGAUGGUGCAACUUUUGUGGCCCAGAAUGUCUUGGGUGACUCAUCCAAACCCGGAGACGGACUACUGGUCAACACGUGGACGGGGAAUAUGCCAAGCAAAGCAGGUAAAGGAGCAGGUAAUCAUUAGAGAUGACUUAGAGACUUAUUAUUCAUCCUAUAAUAAUUAUUUCAUGUGAUCUUCAACUCUACAGAAAAGUUCCUGACCACGGUUACUGAAUUUGGAUGCAUUCCCAUCACCUUUUCGUACCAGACCAAGCAGUAUGGAUGGCUGUGGACAUAGUAACUUCUUUUAUUUACAAAAAUCUCCUUUCAAUAGUACAAAAAAGUGGACACAGCCUUUGUAACAUUACCCAUGAGUUUUGGGAAUUUCUGCUUAAUUUAGACAGGAAGGUGGAUAUGUAUUGUCAGGUUUCUGUAAUUGUUAACAGGUACUGUCAAUCAACUUUAUAACCGUCUUUAAAGUUGGCGUCACUUUUAAUAAGACCAUUAUUAACCUAAACAAAGAGCAUUAGCGUUACAUUCUGUUACCGGUAAUUACGUCCACUUCUUUGAAACAGCCUCCACACAGGUUUGACUUUUAGGCCCUAAAAUUCAAUCUUUGUCUCUCUCUUUACCAGCUACUUUGACAACGUCAUCGGGAUAACGGACCCCAAUCUGCUCAAUCCUCCAUCCUACUGCCCAGAUGAAGACACGAUGACUGACGAGGAGCCAGUUGGCUUCUUCAACUUGUUUCUUUAA